AUGAAUUUCAGGCAAGCCCCAUCAACCACAACCACCAUCCUGACAAACUGUGCAACAAUAUCAUUGAAGAAAGCAUUAAAAAUUGAUGACAAACCAAAAAGCCUCCCUCCACCCAUAAACCCAUUAGCAGACACUGAUGUACGGUUUGGCAAUUUCAGAGAGACAAAUACCCCUUCAGAACAAAUGCGCUCAUUGGCCCUUGAGACAAUCAAUGACAACUAUCCUGCAGAUCAAUGGCUCCAAGUCUUCACUGAUGGGUCAUACAUAGGAAACCAAGCAAACAUCGGUGCAGGUGUUUUUUCUGAACUCCUCUCUUUCUUCGCAUCAGGGGGACAAAACAGAUCCGCAUUCGAAGGUGAAAUCGAGGCC